AUGGUUAUAAUACAUCAGUGGAAAAUGCGACUCCGUAAUGUUGAGAUUUUCUAUGCUAUGAAAUGCAAUAAUGAUCCCGUCCUGUUACGCACUUUAAUAAACUUAGGAGUUAGCUUCGACUGUGCAAGCUUGGGUGAAAUACAAUCGAUACUCAAUGCAGGUGUUAAUCCAGAUAGAAUUAUAUACGCAAACACUAUUAAAGCAAUAUCUCAUCUUAGGUUUGCAAAGGAGAAAAAUGUCAAUCUUACGGUGUUUGACAAUGAAGAUGAACUAUAUAAAAUCAAAAAAUAUCAUCCAAACGCAAAACUGGCCAUAAGGAUAUGCCCAGAUAUGGAAGUAUGCGAAAGCAGGUUUCAGCUUGGUAUAAAAUUUGGAGCAGCUAAAGCCGAUGUAGCCCAUUUACUUGAAGUAGCUCAAUCUUUAAAAUUGAAUGUUGUGGGUGUAAGUUUUCACGUGGGAAGCGAUUGCCUUACUCCGAUUGCCUAUGAAAAAGGAAUAAUAACGUCUAAGCAAAUAUUUAAAUUAGCUGAGAAAUUUGGCUACCAUUUUAAUUUACUUGAUAUUGGCGGAGGUUUUACAGCUUUUUCAGCCCUAGAAACGACCUUUGCGAAGGCAGCUGCAGUUAUUAGUAAAGCAUUACAGAAAUAUUUCCCUCCGGAGUUGGGUGUUAGAAUUAUUGCUGAACCAGGCCGCUAUUUUGCAACGAGAGCAUGCACUUUAGUUCUUAACGUAAUUGGCAGAAGAGUUGUUCGAAAAGGAAAUGGCGAUCUGUUUGAUUUUGAGCAUGAAAAUGCACAUCUUUAUAAGAAUACAAACGAUUUUGAGAAAGUGUUAUACUACGUUAACGAUAGCGUUUAUGGGUGCCUUAAUAUUCUCCCAAUUGAUCAUGCCCUAAUUACUUUAAAACCGGUCAAAAGUAAUACUCAUGGCGAAGAAACUGCGGUUUUAUUUGGUCAGACAUGUGAUUCCUUAGAUUGUUUAAUGAAAGAAUGUUUACUACCAAAGCUUAACGCUGGUGACUGGGUAUACUUCGAAGAAACUGGAGCUUAUUCAUUAAGCCUGGCAUCCAAAUUUAAUUCAUUCAAGAAGCCAAAAUGUUACUAUUACAUUCAAGAGCAUUUAUGGAACGAAAUUCAAGGAAAGGUUAAUCUACCUUUUAACUUGACCACUAAUUAA